UCUGUGCCAUCUCUGGGAAGCGAGGGGAGCUCUCCAGCCCGCAGUGGGGAGUGGGGUGGUCCCAGGGUUGUGCCUACUCACGUUUGGGGGUUGCCCCUUCUGGGGAAGCCGCCUGGGAGGGAUGGAAGGCAGGGCGGGCAUCUGUCCCCGGAAGGCAGCACGGCGCUCUGCGGGCCCUUCCGCGGGUGCGCGCGGGUGCGGUGCUUGCAGAGCGUCCUGUCGGCGGUCGGGCCCGCGUGAGCUGAGGGAUGAGGGUGGGGGAGCCGGCAGGACAGGGAUGAGCGCACAAUCACCCUUGUGAGGCCGCAGCCCUGGGGGGAGCCGGCCGGCCCCGAGAGCAACAUACGGCCUGGACACGAUGCACCCCAGCAGGCGCAGCCUCCCUUUCCCCCUGAACUGUCAGCUCGUAAGGGUUGGAACUGCUGAUUAUGGAGGUGUCUUGGAUCAGAGUGAUCAGCAGCUGGACUGUGCCUUGGACUUAAUGAGGCGCCUGCCUCCACAGCAAAUUGAGAAAAACCUCAGUGACCUGAUCGACCUGGUUCCCAGUCUAUGUGAAGAUCUCCUGUCUUCUGUUGACCAGCCACUGAAAAUCGCCAGAGACAAAGUGGUGGGAAAGGAUUACCUUUUGUGUGACUACAACAGAGACGGGGACUCCUAUAGGUCACCAUGGAGUAACAAGUAUGACCCUCCCUUGGAAGAUGGGGCCAUGCCUUCUGCUCGGCUGAGGAAGCUGGAGGUGGAAGCCAACAAUGCCUUUGACCAGUAUCGAGACCUGUAUUUUGAAGGCGGCGUCUCAUCUGUCUACCUCUGGGAUCUGGAUCAUGGCUUUGCUGGAGUGAUCCUCAUAAAGAAGGCUGGAGACGGAUCAAAGAAGAUCAAAGGCUGCUGGGAUUCCAUCCACGUGGUGGAAGUGCAGGAGAAGUCCAGUGGCCGCACCGCCCAUUACAAGCUGACCUCCACGGUGAUGCUGUGGCUGCAAACCAACAAAUCCGGCUCUGGCACCAUGAACCUUGGAGGCAGCCUUACCAGACAGAUGGAGAAAGAUGAAACUGUGAGCGACUCUUCGCCACACAUAGCCAAUAUUGGGCGCCUGGUAGAGGACAUGGAAAAUAAAAUCAGAAGUACGCUGAAUGAGAUCUACUUUGGAAAAACAAAGGACAUCGUCAAUGGGCUGAGGUCUGUGCAGACUUUUGCAGACAAAUCAAAACAAGAAGCUCUUAAGAACGACCUGGUGGAGGCUUUGAAGAGAAAGCAGCAAUGUUAAACCUCUGCUUCAUGCUAACCGGACAUGCCAUGCACUCGUUAGAUUCCUUUCUUAGAAAACUCGUUUUCUGCUCCCUUCCCUGUCCCUUUCCUCCCCGACAGGUCACACAACACCUGCGUCACCGACCUGCACAGCGCCAUCACACCCUGAGAAUAAAGCCGCUAAUACCCUCUCCGUCUCCAAGGCCUGCUUCCCACCACGUUUUGCUAUCAGAACUCGAUGUUUCCAUAGAGAUCAUGUGUGUUUUGUUUGCCCAAGCUCCACCCCCUCAUUUAUAGGCAUAAAAUACACUGUCUGUCUGCCUCCCCUUCCUUCCCACCUUUUUGUUACAUUGGUGUAAAAAAUGUAAAACAAAAAAAUUUUAUGAAA